CAUAGCUGAAGAUGAGAGAGAGGGUCCCUCCUCCCUACAUUCAAUGAACACAUGCCCACCCGCUCAUUCACACCACUGCACUGAUCAACACACGGGCUUCUUUGCAACCUGUUACUGCCAAGACGAAAGGGAAAUAUUACAACACUUAAUGCUUAGUAUCAUUUGUUUUGUAAGAGAAAAAUUGUUGUUUAUUGAGAGAAAUCCUCAUUCAGAAUCAGAGACUCGAAUCCAGCGCGUGGAGCGCGACCGUCGUGUAUUGAGUGACAGCAGUAUUGAUCAUAAUAUCAGUCGAGCAGCGGAACUCGCGCGAAAGACAUCGUAUUUUUUCGUUUUCGACUUAAAGGAAACGACAGAUUUCGCACGUACCCGGAGACCUCCAUCAUCAAGCAAGCCUGUGUUCCUCUGGACGUCGACUAAGCGGUAGCAUUCUCAGUGAGUGAAGCAAGCACUAAUGAAGAAGCAAUGGUCAUUUUCUACAAUUUGCUGAUAAGGACACGGCAGGUGUGAGUGGGGUUGUGGCAGCAACGCUGUAACCGUGACCCUCGCCAAUAUGGUUUGCAGCGAACAGAGUUCUGGCACAUCAGUGCCCAAAAAGGAAACGCAGACCCGCAAGAAGCGGAAAUCCCGUCCUCAGGGUCUGCCUUCUCCAGCCCUCUGCUGUGCAUGUGGAUUGUGCAUUAUGUUGGCAGGCAUCAACAUCACCUUAGUAGGCGCCUUCGCCUUCAGCACACUUGUGCCCUCUAGCAAUCCCCCAAUCAUCAUCGGACCUAUACUCCUGCUGGUAGCGUUCUCCUUCUUCGGGGCUUGCUGCAUCUGCAGUCGUUUGCCUCCGCCUCAGAGCUCUCGACGCUCCAAAGGAGGUGGCGGUUUGGGAUUCAUGGGUCGGGGCGGAGGGGGGUUGAGUGGAGGGGCGGCAUUUGAGAUUGAGACCAGCGAACACACGAUGCAGGACACCACAGCCGUGCAGCUCAGCCCCACCAACUCACCCUGCUCCUCUCACGCCUCCAGCCCCGAAAGAGAGGCUCCUGCCACCGCCACCAACGCCACCGUUCCCGCCCCAGAGUACGUCCCUCCACGAGCCUGCAAGCUCUUCACAAUGGAGACCAAUGGACCCAACUCAGCAGCUUUUUCUGCUUCUACAGGGGGUGGAGGGGCGGUCCGGCUCACUUUGCCAUCAGACUGUGCCGCCACUUAAGGCUGCCAGUUUAGGUCGCUCUCUGGAGAAGGGCUGGUAUUACGUUAUGUAAAUAGUUUUUCAGAGAGGAAGACAAGCACUUUGUGUGAAGAAUUCAUUUGAUUAUCACAGCUGGCUUGUGCCACGAGGUGCAAUAACAAUUGAAAUGUUCGCAUAAAUUCAGCGGGUUGAUUUUUGGAGUCUGCGAGGCCCAUGUGCUCCUAAUAGAAAUGACAGAGGUAUGUCAGAAGCAUAUGAAGAGCUUUUGCGUUCUCUUAUCCAAAGAGAGAGAGCCUUGAAAGGUGAAUCACUGUGGCGUGCUUCACAUAUUCAUACUGUGCCACUGUUACUCAGAGCAUUCACAGUUACUGCGCUCAAAAGAGACAGAAUCAGCUGUUGUGUAAAGAUGGCUUUGGAGACAAGCCUGAGAAACAGAAUGGAGAAAGACAUUACACUGCGUGUUGUCAUAUGUCAGUGCACAGACCAAAAAACAGAGAUGUUGAAUAUUUUCUCUUAGAUAUUUUCUCGUCGUCAUUUUAAAUGCUAAAAUACACUUGAACGGUCAAUUUUUUGAUGAAUCUCCGUGGCCAACCUUUUUGGAUUUUGUCUUCAUUGGAUGGUUAAAUAAGCCGCGACACUGUGCGAGAGCACUGCCAUUUUUACACGCGAUUUAGAAAACGAGGUUGCUAAACAGUGCCAUUGUUUGGGUUCAAGUCGGACAAAUAAUUCAAGAGUACUGAAGGGCAGAAUAAAAACUUUUUCCACAAUCAUAGUGCAAAUCGCCUGACGCAGUGUGGCGAAAAUGCACAUUUGAAGACUGAGCUGUACUCUGUUGUUGAAUUUAGUUUUUUGUUGUUGAGAGUUGUGACAUUAUUUAACGAACCAACAGCGCAUUCUUCUGUAAAAAAGAAAAAGAAAAAAGAAAUUAGACGCAAGCCUUUAUUUUACACUGUGGUUUAUAAUGCUGCCAAGUAAAACAAUAUUUAUUUCCCUUAUGGUUGCCAAAGGCUGUUUUCUCCUUCAAGUAUUCCUCUUCUGUUGUACUUUGUUGUCAAUAGUUGUCUUACGUCAACAGUACGGUAAUAUUCGAGUAUACUACCUACAUCUGCUCACAGUGUUCCUUCCUAAAAUCAAUUUUUUCUUAUCUUACUCUUUCUGUGCCCCGUUUUUUGCCCUUUGAAAGCAAGAGCCAGAAUUGUUCUCAUGCCCUCCAUCACUGACCCACACUGAUGGUUCAAGCCAAACAGUGAAACAAUUUCCUCAUGUUAAUUCUAUACCAGAGAGGUCAACUAAAAGCAGCUUUUGGUGGCUGAACACACUGAAAAAGCAAAAGACAAUGUCCUCUUAUACCUUUUUAAGAAGGAAAUUAUCGAAUAAUGUUGGUAGAAGUAGCUACGGUUUUUAGAUUGUCCCUUUGUUAUCAUAUUCAUCAGUUCCAACCAGCAGAAAGGGCUGAUUUUUAAGAAAAUAAUUAUGUACUAGUGUUUUCUUUCAUUUUCUUAGUGCCAAUGCAUCUGUUAAUAUAUACGUUUAGCUGUGUAAUAUAGUGCAGUAUAUUUAUAUUAUAAGUAUAUGGUCAGUAUGUGAUGAAUACUGAAGAAAGUGCAACAUGAACUGCAUGCUUACAAACAGUGCACUGUUGCCAUGGGGGAAAAAAAAAAAAAAUAGGAUAAUCUUGAUAAUUUAAAGAGAAACAUUAAAACACAUCAGUCCGCUUGUUCGUCAUGAGAUUGUGAGCUUUCAAUAUGAGAAGUUAAGUUGAAUGGGGGCUGUGGAAACAUUGGCAUCUUUAGACUCUAUGAACUAUGACCACCUCUGUUUGUAAGCUGCUAUUUGCCAUCUACACAUCUGCUGUAGUCUGAAUGAAAUGAAUGCUGCCUUAAUGACAGUGAUCUCAGGAUCAAACCAGUGAGGGCUACUCAAAUGUCCAAUGAGAACAUUUGGUCAUGUGGUACUAAUGUACUUAUGGAAAUGUUGUAUUGUUGAUUAUUUUCUACCAUGUAUGUUUUUAAAAAUGUAUUUAAAUGGAGGGAAAUGCAAUGUCAUGCGGGUUAAAAAGGUUUGAUAAUGCCGAUUCGCAUUACUGUUAUUAUUUUGGCGAUUGGCCAUGUUGUGUAAAAUGAUAUAUGAAUCAUUUGUUUUAAGUAUUGUUGGCAUUGAAAAUUUUAAUUGUGUCUUUUGUAAGUUAGUCACAUCAUAAUUAUACACCAUUUAACUCCCACUUUUUUCUCCAAUCUUUACAUUUCUGAACUCUUUGUUUUUUAUGUAUAUAUGUGGAAAAUAUUACAUUAGAUUAUGAAAAAAAUAAACUCUUGGCAUGUCAGAAUAUACGUUAAAAGCAACAUUCUUAACUGCUGUCUGACAUUUCGUCAUUUCACACUAAAAUAAAUGUGUGAUGUGAUUUGAUGUAAUGAUUCGCUACAAUGGCUGCAACAUGAUGUCUGAAAUGAGAGAAGAGGCUGAUCCUAUUUACCACACUUGACUGACAUAAACAUACUAUAUAGACAGCGCUCUCAACCGAUAUGUUCACUUACUUUUCACAAAUGCUUACCUUUUAAGAAAGCUCAUAAGCUCGU